ACCUGUCGCUUGUGGCGCGGCAAGUUGUAAGGCUCCGGAUACAGCGCUUCAGAGAGACUCUGGCUCCGUCUCUGCCUUUGACCGGUCGAGCAGGCGCAAGCGCAGGGGCUCAGCGCCAAAUGUGACACCAAUCACACUACCUUCCGGCCCCCAAUCGCCGUGAUGCGCCUCUUCGUCCCGCCCACCUUGGAUGCUCCGCCGCUCUCGUAUACACCACGGCUCCCACAACAACCUAGGCCUCCCACAGUUUAAGCACCAUCCUGUUGGGUUCGUGAACGGCCCGUCUCGCAAGACCCAUUAUUCCGACCGUUAAUUCCAAUCCUCCACGCAGACAUGAGUGGGGGCAACACCAAUACCACCAUCUCCCAUCCGGGCAACGACUGGCAGGUGCUAUGGGGCAACGGGAACGGCUGGAAGAACUUUCAACUCGACAUCGUCGGUUUCCUUGCCAUCCUUGGCGAGAGUGCCGUCACCGCCAAUGCCCAAGUGUCCGCUCUGUCACGACUCUUCUACCUCCCGCGGUUGCUCCCAGCUCCACAGGCACUGCUUCCGCCCUCGCGACCCACCGAGCUGCCCACGGAGAAAGCGUGGGUGACUGGAGUGUUUAAUGGAAAUAACAAGGAGCACCUCCAUCACAUUGCCAAUAUCUUGCUCGGCGAAGAGCGCCUCCCCAAAUACUCGGUGAGAUGCAUCAAAAUCACCAAGAAGGACCCGAAGGGAGUGAACGCCUCCGACGUCUAUUUCCGCGGCCUUCGUUCCACUUCAUCCAUGAAGGAAGCGGAUGGUGAACUGCAGCCAUCGCCAGUCAAGGCCCGCGCCACUGGUCCCCUCACCUGGGUGACGCUGAUAGGAUUCUUUCUAUCCGUGGCCUUGUUCGUCAUCUCCAUUGUAUGGGGCGAUGGCUUCUCUCUCAUCGCCACCAUCCUCCUAUCCUUCCUGUCCACCUUGAUCGGCUUCGCCAACAAAUGGGAGCUGGCAUUUUCCAAAGUCGCCUCCGAGGCUUUGCUUGACGGUGAUGUCGUUGUUCGAUAUCCAAUUGGCAGUUUCAUUGUCGUCAAGUGCAACGAAGAAGUCGCUCGCGAGCUCUUCUUCGCGCCCGAGGAAAUACAGUACCACAUCAGCCACCCGGUCGCCUCGCGCCUGAUUUCACUCGUCGGCACCCUCAUCCUAAUGCUUGGAAUCAUCUUCCUCGCCAACGCAAAGCUGGAGCUCCAAUUCGCCUGGGCAGGCGCCUACAUCAUCAUCAACGCCGCGCAUUGGGUCGCUGCCGCCGUCCCACCCGGCUCCCACUGGGACCUCUCGUGCUACGAAGUGCGAGAAGAAGGCGUGCUCGGCGGCCCCGACAACGCCAACUUCACCGCCGCGCUCUGGAAAGCCAUCGUGCUGACGAAGAGCGUCGACUGGGUGCAACUCAACAAGGCCGCGCCCGUGCACAAGGCCUGGAACGAUUGGCUGAAGGAGGCGGAGAGGGAGGCCAAAGCCGCCCAAUUCCAUCUUGCUCCGCUCGUCAACCCAAAUCCCGCCUGGCCGCACCCGGGCGCUGAGGAUAAGGCGGGUUCGGUGGUGUGGAAUGUUCCUCCGUGGGACGCCAAGGCGCGCUGGAAUGAGAUCCAGCAGGGGCUGAGUGCCGCCAAAGAGGAGAAGGGAGCGGUGGCUGUAGGAGCGGUCGCCGUGGAGAAGCGAGAUUGAUUUGAGCUCUAGUUGUGUCAGCGUUCGUGCUUUUUGACUAAUGAAGGAGCCGACCAGGGCACUGGGGUUUUAAUAGCGUUACAGGCGGGCGGUGUUUGGUGUUGCACGGCCAUCCGCCGUUCUGACGGGGAUUCUUGACUGGCAUAUGU